CAAGAAGACUCCAAGGAUGCCGUUUCGACCUCCUCCUCUGUGGGGGCUACCGGCCUGGGCAAACCCUCGGACGAGCAGAGGCAGCUGCUGGACAGCAUCAAAAUCAAGUGUUACAACAGCCUGAGGCAGUCCUAUUUGCUGACUGAGAGCGACAAUACAUUUUGCAGACGUUGGACAAGGCUUCAUUUCAUUGACAUGUCUCACCAGAUCAUUCUCUACCUGUGCUUCUCAAUCCUUCUCUUAGGAGCUGAAGACGUUGAAGCAAAAGUGAAUGGCAUUCUGGGAGAGUCUGUCACAUUCCAAGUGAAGUCCUCUCUACCAUUUAAAUCAAUUUCCUGGAGUAAAAUUGCCAGCAGUAAAUCUGAAACUAUUGCUGUGGUGAGCUCUGGGGAGCCCUGUGGCCGUCUGGUCCCCGACCCAGCCUAUGAAAAGCGAGUGACCAUCCCUGAGGACUGCAAAGGAUUAAAUAUCAGCCAUCUCAGGAAAGAGGAUGCUGGCAGAUUCACAGCAGUCAUUAUUCCAUCAGAUGCAGAGAAGGUGGAUGAGUCCUUUGAUCUGCAAAUAUUCCGACGUUUGCUGGACUCUGAGAUGAGAGUGACCUGCACUCCUGAUGCAGCUGGAAAUGGAACUUGGAAGCUGAAUUGCUCUACAGGGACUUGGGAAGAUGGGGUGAAAUUCAGUUGGACCUCAGCUGUCCAAAGCAGGGAUCUUCCCCACUGGAAUUCUUCAAUCCUCACCUCCCAAGAUCUUAAUCUCAAUGUCACCUGCGCAGCAGAAAACCCGGUUAGCAAGGCAUCCACAACAGUGUCCUUAAAGCAAGUUUGUGCUGAGGAGAGACCUGGGACGGAGGCCCCCCAAGUGAACGAAAAGGUACUGUCUGCAAGCAAUGCGUUGAUUGGGGCCGUGAUUGCAGUUAUUAUCGUCAUUCUGCUUGUUGUUGUCAUUGCCGUUUGUCUGUGGAGGAGGAAAGCUGCUAAGGGAAGCGGACGAUAUGCAACACAUGCAGAGAUUGAAAAUCCACCUAGAAGUGAUUCCACCUUAAUAGCAGACCAGGCCAAGGAAUCCAGGAGAAAGACAAAUCAGCCAGCUAGAAGAGCAGCAAAGAACAACCAGGAGAUGCCUCACACCAUUUAUUCCGCUGUGCAGCAUCCCAAGCAGAAUCAUUUACAAACAGAUGAUGAGAAGAUACAGAAGGGACGGCGCCACCACCACCAAACCCAGGCAGAGAAAACAAUUUAUUCGGAGAUCACCAAGUCUCAGGAGAGUGAAGACCCAAACAUCAAGACCAUCUAUGAAACAGUGCAAAACCCCCUGCCCGUCAAAUCCUCUGGCCUGUGAGCCUUUGUUUAAGACACACACCCUCUGCAAAGCUAGCAAGAGAUGCCCCCCCCCAGAGUUGGGGGGUGCCUGAGCCCCGUCUUCCAAAGGCAGCCUGGAGCACCUGCAGAGGACUCCACGCACGAGAGAGAGAGAAGUGGAGAAGACAAGACAUGGGUCAUUCCAGGAUCGCCACCAACUUUCACUCCUGGACUUGCAAAGACCCAGCAGCUCGUCCUUCUGACUUGGGGAGUGGGAUGCGACAACUCGCCACGGCCGACUAGCCACAGGACAAUUCAACAAAUACAAAGUUAAAUUCAUUUUGACGGAAGCACGGCCAAUAAUAAUAAAAAAGCCAAUCCAGAAAAAGGGGCCGUUAAACGACAAAGAAGAAGAGUCAAUCCAGAAAAAACGAGAGUGACAAGAAUUUCAACGAAAACUUGGUCACCAAUAAUAAAAGUAACUGAAUGGAAUGAUUAAUAUAGAGUGUUGGAUUGUCCCACGGUGACUUGGUUGUGGCGAGUUGUCCUAGACCCCUCAAGGAGGAGGGGGGGCAGAGAAUAAUUUCUUUCUUCUUUGUUUCGUAAUUUUAAAUGAUGCACAAAUGUGUGCAUCCAUUCCACUGUGAAGCCCUUUGAACUUUGCACUAUUGUUUCACCAGCAUUAAAAAAAAAAAGGCAUUAAAUGGGAAAAUCUGCGUACAGAUAGUCCUCGACUUAUGACCAGCCUUUAGGAUAGGUUACUCCAAGUUAUGAACAUGAGGUUAUUCUAAUUUUGAAGGUUCUACCCAGGGAUACUUAUGACGCAGUUCCAAAGUCAUGUGACUGCAGGUCUGGGUUUUAUGACAUUUUUGCAAAAUCCCAGCAUUUACGUCUGGUUUUUGUCUCAGAGCAAAACUGUUGAUUCACUUAAUGACCACCAUGAAAAAGGUCACAAGAGCAGGUCAGUUACACGGAUGGGCUGUUUUAGAAUUGUCACAAAUUACAACUAUGAUGGGCAAGCUCCAUUACUGUCGUAAGUCGAGGACGUAUAUCUAUAAAAUGUAUAAUUCUGUGAAAUAAUGUACAGAAGAUUUAUAGGAGGGAAGCUUGUCUCGGUAGAUACUUUGUGUAAAAAUGUGUUUUUUUAAAGGUAAAUGGGCACCCCAAUAUUUAUAUAUGGUAUGAAGUGUUUGAGGGUUUUAGCGUCAAGUUAGAGGAAUAAAUGUCCUAUGUCUAUA